AUGGAUGAACAACCGGACACAGAGCAACAACCAGACACGGAGAGACAACCGGACACGGAGCAACAGUCGGACACGGAGCAACAACCGGACACGGAGCCACGACGAGGAACAACCGGACAUGAAGCAAUGCUGGACGUGGAGCAACAGUCGGACACGGAGCAACAGCCGAACAUGGAGCAACAACUGCACAGGGAGCAGCAGCUGGACGUGGAGCGACAACCAGACACAGAGCAACAACUGGACAUGGAGCAACAGCCGGACACGGAGCAACAGCUGGACAUGGAGCAACAACCGGACAUGGAGCAGCAACUGCACAGGGAGCAACAACUGCACAGGGAGCAACAGCCGGAUGUGAAGCAACAGCCAGACAUGGAGCGACAGCCGCACCUGGAGCAACAGCCGGACACGGAGCAAUGGCCAGGCAUGGAGCAACAGCUGGACAUGGAGCAACAACCAGACAUGGAGCAACAACCAGACACAGAGCAACAACCAGACACGGAGCAAUGGCCGCACACAGAGGAACAACUGGACACAGAGCGACGGCCGGACAGGGACGGACAGCCAGACGUGGAGCAACGACUGGACACAGAGCAACAGCCGCGCACGGAGCAACAGCCGCACAUGGAGCAACGGCCGCACACGGAGCAAUGA